CAGUCCUGCUACAACCGUUGCCUCGAAAAGCACGUUCGGACGCCUGUUGUUGCGUAGUCACUGAGCACGCUGCUCAUUUUUUAACGGUUUCAAGUUGGUUCAAAAGUUUUCAAGAUAUUGGUUUAUUUCGAUUGCAUUUUUGAGAUUGUAAUCGUGAAUGGUUGAUGGUUAAUUAAAUUUAUUGUAUUAGUUGUACUAGCUACAAGAUGGUUUUAGUACUAAAUGGGGUCCUUCAAGAGGAUUGCCCACCUGAUUCAAGAUCACUAUACCAUACUCAUCCCAUUUAUGGAGAGACUGCUGCACAACUCCUUGGUGUUCCCAAUAAAAUUAUUGGCUCAGUAGGACUCCUGUAUGUACAGCAAAGAGAAUUAGCCGCUACAGUACCCCAUGAUAAGAACGUAAACAUUCUUGGAGCAGAUGAUGUUACCACCUGCCUUAUCGUAGUCGUUCGACAUUCUGGCUCUGGAGCAGUAGCAAUGGCCCAUUUGGAUGGAUCGGGAACAGACGAAGCAGUAUGCACAAUGGUUCAAAGAGUCCAGGAACUAGCACUAGGAUAUCCAGAAGGCCGUAUAGAACUUCAACUUAUUGGUGGAUUUAAUGACCCAAGGCAUUAUUCUGAUGAAAUAUUUUACAAUGUUCUAAAUUCGUUCCACAAACAUCCGAUAGAAAUAGAUCUGACCUUAGCAUGUACCGGAGAACUGAAUACGACUAUUAGAGGAGGAAUCCAUUGGCCCAUUAUUUACGGAGUUGGAGUUAACACAAAGACUGGCGAAAUAUUCCCCGCUACUUUUCCAGAUAAAGGUCCAGAUCAUUCAUUAAGAUCUGCCAGAUAUUUAACCGGUGUUCCACAGGUUUUAGACAUUUACGACUGUGCACUAGGACUACUAAGAAUAGGCCCUUUUAAUUAUGAACCCUUACGAGGUGUGGAUUUAUGGCUAGAACAAAGUGACGAUUUUAUACUGCAACACUUAUCCACAUCCCCUGAAGUACAACCUCCCCAUUUUGUGAUGCAGGUAAGAGCAACAUUGAAAUAUAUCCAAGAAAACCAGUUUCCUGCUGUAACCGUCUUUAGAGACAAUCGCCCCCAUUACUUUAGAAGAGACGAACAUUCCGGCAUUUGGAUUCCACUUAGAUAUUAAGUUAGUUUGAUUCUGUACUAAUUUGUCGCUUUUACAGAUGAUCACGUUAAUGACCAAAGUAUAACAACAAAUAUUAGUGCACAACGUAUAUCACAGAAAUUAUUGUUUUUUACAAUCCUGUUAAAGAAGUAAGAGGUGGACUGAUCUAAAACUAUCGUUUAGCAGCAACAAUAAAUAUGUAUGAUGGAUUCGACAGUUACUUGAUGGAAGUUCAUUUUAUCUAAAAAUAAAUCACUGAAAUCUUUUCUAUUCUAUCCUUCCACAAAAUUUAUUCUAACUAUGUCCCUACAGCUGUUUCGACAGAGUGCCUUUCUCAAGUGAUUUAUUUUACUAUGUGUCUGCAUUUUAAAGUCUCUCACUAAAUAGGUUGAGGAGUGGGGUGCUGUUUGUCUCAAGUUGGUAAUUCAGAAUUAUAAUAUCUGUGCUUUCUAAUUUAUUAAUUUACCCCAGUCGGGAUACCAUUUGACCUUGCAUUAGGAGCUGCCCCAAAUUUUAUUUUUCUAAUCUUUAGGGGGGUCAAUAGUAGUAUAAAUUUAAAAUCUCGACUGAAUUUGACAGUUGCGUUAGCCGCCAUCUUGAUUUUAAACGAGAAUCGUUUUUGCUCAAUAUCUCCGCCAUUUUCAACUUUUCGACAAAAAAUAUAUAAACUGAAAUUGUUGAAAAUGCGAUUUUCUAUAAUUUCGUUUAUUAUAAUUUUUUUCGUGCGGUCCAUAUUUUCCGAGUUAUGGGGAAAAACAGUGACAGUUAAAGCAUAAUUAUUGAUUUAUUGAAUUAUCUCAUUUGUUAUUACUUUUACAACAAAUUUUGACCUAUACAAAAAUGAAGAGAAUUAAAUUUUGUACAAUUUUGAUCUCUUUCAUUUUUUUGAUAAAAUCAAUAUUUAAGGUAGUGCGUAUGCGGAAAAAGCGCGAGCGUAAGACCCGAUCGAUUUUAAAGCAAUUGUUUUUGUUCAAUAUCUUCCCCAUUUUCAACUUUUCGACAAAAAGUGUAAGGACUGAAAUUGUUGCAAUUACGAUUUACUACAAUUUUUCGAGAGAACCAGUGGCGGGUCUAAGAGGGAGGGGGAAAUGGGAAAAUUCCCCCCAACGGGGUCCAAAAUAAAAAAAAAAUUGUUGAAAUAUUAAGAUAUGUUAGCUGACAUGAAACGUAAUUAUCGACAGACAAAUUCAACCAAUAAAACCCGCUAGUUAAUAAAAUUAAGUAAACUUAAUGCAUAUAAGUUAUUAUUUCUCUUUUAUGUACUUAGUUUGGUUGGUGUUUCAUUGGAAGUUUCAAAAAUUGUAUAAAAUAUAGUUCUCUUUAUUUUUGUUUAUGUACAAUUAUCUCGUAAAGUUAAUACUAAAUGAGACAAUUCAAUAAUUAUGCUUCCCCUCCGCUUCCAUUAUUUUCCUCCUUAACUCGGAUAAUAUUGUUCGCAUAAAAAAAUUAUGGAAAAGAAAUUAUAGGAAAUUGCGUUUCCAACAAUUUUAGUUCCUACCGUUUUUGUCGAAAAGUUGAAAAUGGCGGCGAUAUUAAGAAACAACAGUUCUCCUUUAAAAUCAAUAUGGCGGCUAAUGCAACCGCGGAAUUCAGUCGAGAUUUUAAAUUUACACUACUAUUGAUCUCCCCUAAAGAAUAGAAUUAUAAAAUUUGGGGCAGCUCGGAAAAAAGAUUUAAUUCAGUAAUUAUGCUCCCCCCACCACUUUUUACUAUUUUCCAACUUAACUCGGAAAAUAUCAACCGCAUGAAAAAAAUUGUUAAAAAGAAAUUGUAGGAAAUCAUAUUUGGAACAAUUUAAGUUGAAAAUGACGUAGAUAUUGAACAAAAACAAUUGCUACAAAAGCAAUCAGGUCUCACGCUCGCGCCAUUAUCGCAUACAUACUACCUUAAAUAUUAACUUUAGAAAAAAAAUGAAAGAAACUAAAAUUGUGUAGAAUUCAAUUCUCUCUAUUUUUGUGUAGGAACAUUUUGUAGUAGAACUAACAAUAAACGAGAUAAUUCAAUAAUUAUGCUCUAUUUAUAUAUAACUGUCACUAUUUUCCGCUAUAACUCGGAAAAUAUCGAUGGCACGAAAAAAUUGUAAAAAUAAUAAUGAUAGAAAAUUACACUUUCAACAAUUUUGGUUGUUAUACUUUUUGUCGAAAAGUUGAAAAUGGCGGAGAUAUUGAGCAAAAACCGUUCUCGUUUAAAAUCAAUAUGGCGGCUAACGCAAUGGCGGAAUUUAGUCGAGAUUUUAAAUUUACACUACUAUUGACGCCCCCUAAAGAUUAAAAAAAUAAAAUUUGGGGCAGCUCCUAAUGCAAGGUUAGGCCUGUUAUUCGUCUAACCCGACUGGACUAAUUUCCACAAAUUCGAAAAAAGUUAGCCUAAGGUCUUUAGUGUGAAUAUAAAUAAUUUGAAACUGUUCACUAAAAGAAUGAUUAUGAUCUAGAAGGUAAAGUGCGUACGUAGAAGCUAUUUUUCUAUAGAUCAACUGAUUAACCCUUUUCUAUAGAUCUGUUAUAAAUCAACAGAAAUUCCCAUGUCAAAAAAUAACUUCCAGAUAGAACUGAACAUCAUUAAACAAAUAGCAGAAAACAAUGGCUACAACGAACAAACAAUUAACAAAAUUUUAAACCAAAAACUCCAUAGUCAUUCAGAGCCCUGAAAUUAAUAUUUCCAUAACCAUAGAAAAAACCUAGUACUUUCUGCUUUAUCACAUAUACACGCAAGAUAUGAACAAAAAUAGACAAAUUCAUAAAAAAGAAAGGAAUAACACCAGGUUUCAGAACUAACAGCAACUUCAGCAAAUACAUUAAAAACAAUAAGAGCAGAAAGAAAAAGCAAUUACAGAGUGGUGUUUACAAACUAACAUGUGAUGACUGUUCAAAAAACUUACACCGGUCAAACUGGCAGAACUUUUGACAAACGGAUAGAAGAAGAUUCUACAGAUUCUACGUAAGCACUUCACCUUCUAGAUCAUAAUCAUUAUUUUAAUGAACAGUUUCAAAUUAUUUACAUUCACAAUAAAAGUCUUAACACCUUCAGCGCCAAGCAAGUUCACAAAAUUUUCAUUCUGGGCCAGAGCGUUUUUUGGGAGUAUUCAAAACAAAAGUUUUCAUUGUUUUAUUGUUAGAUAAAUAAUGUAUAAAAAUAAAAGAGUUGAUAUAUAUUAUAUGCAUAAUAUCAAUUAUUGCAAGUUAGUGAAUCAAAAUAAUCUAUUUUCAGUAGUAAAUUAUUAUUACAAAAUCGUGACAUCCAAAAAGGAUUUAGAUUACCUCUAGUAUUUUCAGUUUAACCUGGCAGUUCUAUAAUUGUUAGUAUUUCAAAAACGGAAAAAAAACACUACUGCUUGUUGAUUAUACUGUUUAAAGGAAGCUUUUAUAAAAUAAUAAGCAUUUUUUAUGUCAAUAAUUACUGUAAAGAUAUAUUAUAAUUUGUAAUAUAAUUUUUAACUAAUAAUACAUCAAAAUUAUUAGUCCAUAGGAGAUGUAUGCCAUUUUUAUUUAAACUGAUUUGUUUAUAAUUUGUUUUAUUUGGGAAGCAAGAAAAGCCUAACGCAUUA